AGCACCACCAUCACCGUUUCGAUUUCAUUAUUGGACUUUCUUUCCGUAAACACUGAUCGUGGUGGACAAGCUCAUGACUCGUAUUUUAUUUUACAGGAUCUGGAUUCAUCUUACAUCAUUAGUGUGGCAGAGAGAGCAUGUGGGAGUCACAUGCAUGCAGAAGAUGAGCGGUAAACAGACGAUUGGAGCACAGCCCGCCUCUGAGCACUCUGCACUAUGAACAGCACCACACAGCCCCCUCACAUUAUCAAUGGAGAUGCGGCCGUUAGCUAUGUGCUCAUCCCGUUCUUCCUCAUCACUGUGAUCGGGAUUAUUGCUGCAGUGGUGAUGUACAUAAGAAGAAAGCGAAGGAUUGAUAGACUGCGGCAUCAGUUGCUGCCGGUCUACACAUAUGACCCAACUGAAGAGCUGAAUGAGGUGGAGCAGGAAAUUAUUUGGAAAGAGGAAGACACGAAGGUGGUAAAGGGUUGGAUGAGGACAUAUCAACAGCGGCGACCCUUACUAUCAAAGGAUCCUGAUGCAUAAAAAUGAAGUGGCCUGUAUUGCAGAUUCAGAAGAUGGAGAAUUUUGAGCAAUAAACUACUGAUUUACCUUUUGAAGCAAUGAAUCUAGAAGAGAAAUGAGAAGUCUACAGGGUGCCGGAGACUCCUCAUGUGGGUUACCUUCAAGCGUUGGGAUGGUACUUGUUCACCUCAGGUCUCUUCCUGCAAAUAUGGUCCAAUAUAGAGCCACAUUUUCACCUCUUGAAGAGCAGCAAAUUUGUUGUCUGAACAACGCUCGGUUGCUAAGGCUCAAGAAGGACUUUUACUGUUAUGAUUCUUUAUUUAUUCUAGUUUUAUGUAUUCUGCUGAUGUUCUGUACUAUUAAAUCCCUGUCUGGGCCAUUCAGUUUAAUGAGUAUGCACGAAUGUGAUGUGUUCUGGGUUUGUAAACCAAAACCAUGCUAGGUUACAGUGGCUGGCUGAUCCUUUAAACCAGCUGUUCUCAACUGGUUUUGCUUCAGGACCUAGAUAUUAUAGUACCAACAUAGUUUAGAAUGAAAAAGUAAGCAAAUAUGUCCCUUAAAUCAAACCAUUUUGAUGGUUUCAUACUCAGUGCAAAACACAUUGCGGUCGGCAUAACUCGUAUUUAAUGUAGUCUUAGUUGUGUUUUCUUUAAAGCUGUUUUCAUAACCCAGCUUUGAUUGAGGGCAUGCCAUGUUUAGCAUCUGGAAAUUUCUCUAGGUUCUACCAAAUGACAGAUGGCUUUGAGGCGAAAUACUGUACAGUUUCAUUGGACACACUGCUCUAAAAGUCAACAAAACAGAUGGGAAGCAUUUACUCCACCCUUUUAAAUGUUGAUCAGCCUAUUUAUAUUCAUAUUCUGACCCUACUUGUCCACUGGUGUGAAAGUAAUCCGCUUAAUAUCACCCGAUACGCUAGAGGUCUGUAACUGGGGGUGCAUCGGUAAAAUGUAUAGUCAUGUGGUUAUCUUCAGUCAGUACUUUUCAUGCACUUUAAAAGUUCGAUUUCAGUCAGAAGUCUUUUUAAAAUGUCAGUGUUUAGUUGGACUGUAAUGUGGCAGCCUGAUUUUCGGGAAGUCGGACUAACAGUAGUGUGCCGAGUUAGAGGGAUAAAAAAAGUGUCACUUUUCAACUACGUCAUUUUUACAGCUGACAUCAUUCCUCCAAAUAUUCGAUUACACAUUGUGUAAUGUAAACUUGGACAGACAGAUGAGGACUGACGCAAAAACCCGCUGUAGCAAGAUUUUAACUGCGCAUGUAAACGUACUGAGUGUGGUGUAUUGCUGUGUUCCAUUCAUCUCGGAAAAUCGCAAUUUCCAACUUCUACUUGCAUCUUCAACUUUCCUCUUGUAUAUAUGCAAUGGAAUGGCAAUUGAAGCCGAAACGCCAACUUGGAUACUCGUGCGGAAAUCCUCAACUCCAAUUUCGCACAGAUGCAGGUGCGUGACAUCACUCAAAAAUGUCGGCACCCAGGAAGGUGUACAACAGAGGAUGGAUUUUGUGGAUUUUGCCGAUACUGAUAACUACAGUGGUGGGAAAGGGGCGAUAACCGAUUAAUCGGCCAAUAGUUUUUAAAAUCGAUUUAUAGAAGGUCAAAAACAUUUCUUAUUCUUUCCUUACAAUAACGGGCACAGACAAAGAGUCCAAAAUAAAUAAAAUCCCAGAUGCAGUUUAUUGUGCAACCAAAAUAAAGAUUUGGUGCAUAACGCGGAACUUUUAAGUACAAACGAGCCCAAAACACACCGGAGACUCUUAUUUUGAAAUGACGAAACGAUGAAAAAACUAUCUGCAACUAUCGGCAUAAAUUUUUGCCGAUAAAGAUAGUUCUAAAAAGCAACUAUCGACACAGAUUAAUCGGUAAAACCCAUAUAUCGGUCAACCUCUAGUGUACAAGAUAAUGAUAAACAAUCACUUUUAAGCACAUAAAAACAUAAAUGAGUGAAAGUUCCUACAAUACAUGAUAUUAAAAUUAGUUUAGCAAGUGUUUGCGGAGACAGGUGCAUUGAAUACAGUAAAUUGCCAACUCUUUUGAUAAUCAUACACGUAGAACAGAUGCUAGUAUUGCAAAGCAUCGUUUAUCCUUCGCUAUGGUUGCUAGGAUACGUUUCCGUGGACAGUCUAACCUGCUACUCUAGUGGGAGCUUUACAGUUUUGUUUUCCUAUAGGCUACAUCAUCUUCCGAGCAUUGGGCAAUGGAAUUAUUUUACGUUCAGAGAUCGGAGAUAUAACAAUGUAUGUUACAAUGAUCGUGUUUCCAUCCAAGGAGAAAUAUUGUAAUAUCAGAUUACAAAUUCAUCACUUCUGGGGAAGAUGGAGAAGAUGCCGCCCAAUUUAGUGGGGUGGGGGAUCCUUGCCGCCCACGCUUGCCGUCCCUGGCAAGAUCCCACCCCGGGCAGCUGCCCGUGUCGCCCAUGCCUAAAUCCGCCACUGUCUGUCGCCUUCUGUUCCCUUAACCCUGGACACACUUAUGCUCUAGGUAUGUCAGGAGAAUGCCUGCAUGUGAUUGAGAUUUUUACCAUGAUGGGAUGGUGCAAAAUUGAGCAUUAUUUAUUUGCCAUUUUUAAUUGAAUUGGAAAUUAUGCAAUGUGUUUAGUGGCUUAUUUUACAGUCGCUAGAAUGGCCUUGCUGUUAAAGAUGUGUUACUGAGUGAAGAUAGUAGUUGGAUUGGUUGGAUAAUUCAAACAUACGUUAUACUCGACUCAAGCCUGUCGAGUGCAAAAAACCAUUAGUGAUCAACAACUGGUGGUAGGAGGUCGAACCAAAUACCUAUGCUCGCUACUUGGCCAAAAGUAUAUGGACAACCCCUUCUCAUGUUUGGCUAUUCUAGCUACACCCAAUACUAACAGGUACAUACUUGUAAGUAUAAACUUCAGCCAUGUAAAAUGUAGAAUGGGGAAUACUGAAGAGUUCAGUGACUUUGAUUCUGCUGUGGAAGAACUUGACUGGCCAGCACAAAGCCCAGAACCCCAUUGAACACCUUUGGGAUGAAUUGAAACAGUGACUGCGAGACAGAUUGUAACACCCAAUAUCACUGUUUGUCCUCACUGAUCCUCUUGUGUCUCAAUGGGAGCAAAUCAUUCAGAAGAGUUGAAGCUUUUAUUGCAGCAAAAAGAGGACAAACUCUUUGAAACUUUGAAAUUAAAUGUUCAACAAGCACAUACGAGGUCGUGUUCGGGUGGCUACAUACUUUUGGCCAUGUAGUGUAUGUUCAGAACCUGGAGUUCAGCACUACUGAUUUAAUGCCCCUGAACGAAAACCAACUGUUUAAAGUACUGUUACUGAAUAAACUUCUGCACGAAGUACUGUGUAUUUGUAUUUCUUAAAGGAAUGUUCCAGGUUCAAUACAAGUUAAGCCCAAUGUUGCAUAAUGUUGAUUGCCACAAGAAUUAAUUUCGACUCGUCCCUUGUUUAUUUCUACAGUAAGACACUUACAAAGGAAGUGAAUGGGGCCAGUCCAUAAAAGUAAUAAAAUAGACCCUGUUUCAAAAGUAUAGCCACAAAACAUUUUACGGAUUAUGUGGGAUAGAAUAUACUGGCAUUACAACAUUUACCAGAUUACAGGGUUUACCUGUGUGGCGUUGUCAUGACAAUGAAGUUGUAAUAUUGAAUACAACUUUAACAGAUUGAUCACUCUGAAUUCGGCGACAGGAGGUCGAAACUUCUGCUGCUGAAAUCGGUCUGUACUUACUACUGAAAUUCAAAGCACUCCCCCAGUGGCUGAAGUGGUAACUGUUUAUUUUUAUUUUUAUGUGUGAGCUUCAGUUUCCAGGUGAAAUGUCCACAGAUUCGCCCCAAAAGUUUUUAGUUGGUUUUAUCAACUUUACCCCAAACCCCAACUCUUAACAUGACUGUUAGUGGAGUACAAAUUUUAGACAGAAAAUGGUACCUCCGAAUCGCACUCGUCAUUGAUUAUGUGAAUGCGAUUAAUUCCUGUUUUUUUAAGACCAGAACCCAUGUCUCUGAGGGUGCUCAUGCAACAUGCUACCAGUAACGCAACAGGAGAUGGUAAAGACAUUUGAAUUAAUGCAAAAAGGUGUGAUGGAAGAUGGCGCUUGUCAGUAACUCAGAAAAUUGGCGCAUGUGUCAGGGUACUGGAAUAUUCUGCAGCAACAUGUCGACUUCCGUGUGAAUAUGUUGACUUUACACAGAUAAGGUUAGUAAGAAUAUAAUGUUUACAUCUUGUGGCUAUACUUUUGUGCAAAUAAAUUACAGUUUUGUGUAUAUGACUGGCCCCAAUAACUUCCAUUGUAAGUGCCUUACUGUAAUGGUGAUUUACUUACUUUUAUUUUUUUAUCCCCUUUUCUUCCCAAUUUGGAAUGCCCAAUUCCCACUACUUAGUAGGUCCUCUUGGUGGCAGUUACUCACCUCAAUCCGGGUGGCGGAGGACAAGUCUCAGUUGCCUCCGCUUCUGAGACCGUCAAUCCGCACAUCUUAUCACGUGGCUCGUUGUGCAUGACACCACGGAGACUCACAGCACGUGGAGGCUCAUGCUUCUCUCCACGAUCUACGCACAACUUACCACACGCCCCAUUGAGAGCGAGAACCCCUAAUUGCAACCACGAGGAGGUUACCCCAUGUGACUCUACCCUCCCUAGCAACCGGGCCAAUUUGGUUGCUUAGGAGACCUGGCUGAAGUCACUCAGCACACCCUGGAUUCAAACUCGCGACUCCAGGGGUGGUAGUUAGCGUCAAUACUCGAUGAGCUACCCAGGCCCCCGAUUAUUUAUUUUCACACGAGGGGGCGAGUCGAAAUGUUUUUGUGGUAAUCAACAUUAUUCCACAAAUCCUUCUUCCAGAAAUAAGUUGAUUCUGGUUGCCCAGAUUACAUUUUCCAGUGUCUUUUUGCUACAAUGCCAGAGUAGCAGUUCCAGGAACCAUUUAACUUAAUAUUUUAAGGAAGUGCUGUCUUUUGUUGACCUUUUUUAUUAUGUAAUUGGUGUUCUGUUGAAAUAAGCUGACAUCAACUAGUUUGAAACGUGUAACGGGGCAUUUUAUUGUUUUUUUAAUGAUCAUAGGUUUGUGGUUCUUGUAUCAUUUAUGGUUAUUGUAUUUGAAUGAUGCAUACAAAAAAGUGAUUUGGCCAGUGGCAAAAUAAAAAUGUUAUGUUAAUAUUAUGAAGUUUAUAAAAUUGAGUUGGCUGACCGUAAGGAAAGUCAAAGUCAAGCUCAAUUUGAGAAUUGGAUGCAGGCAGGUGUAAACUGACUCCUGGUUUUGUAGUGCUGUACCAGGUUUACUGCAUUUAAACAGAUAGGCAAACUAUAUGAGUCCACCUGCAGGUGUAGCUCCUAUCAGAUAUCUGAAUGCAGAAAUGUUUUCAUGACCACGGAUGUGAGGUCCUCUAGUUCAUCUGUCACCUUGUUAAUGACUUCCAAAAUCAUUUAUUUUAACAAGCUGAUUUGUGUAUUUUUGUUUGUUGUUGAAUCUCUGUUAUUAAAGUUCUUGCUUUAUUAUGC